GCAGCUGCUACAAGGAGAGAAUUGCCCAGCAAGUGUGAAGCAGCUGCGAGAUUCCAUUGAGCUCAAAGGUGAUGCAGUCUUCCGUUUCUACAUUCUCUUCCUCUUGGGCUUCAUGAGUGGCUUGGCUGCCGGUCACGGCUCCCGCUUUAUGGAUGCAAAGAACAGUGAAACGACCAUCGCAGGAAUCCGUAUGCUGGAGCACCUGAUGAAGGUUGACCCAGUCAAUCUUUACUGGGGAUACAUGGGGAUUCGUGCUGAGAAGCUGCAGCUGCCCUUCAACAGUCCGGAG